AUUUUUCCUAUAAAUGUGUAACCUAGUUCUCAUAUUUUCCUACACAAUCAAUAUUCUUAUUUUAUUGGAGUUUUUUUUUCUUUUUUGCAUAGAAUUUUUCAAAACCGCAAUGUAGCUUUUGGAAUUUCAACUUAACAAACACAACUGGAGGAGGCUGGUCCAGAGAAGGGUGUACCGUGAAUUCAACGAACUCCACGUUUACAAGAUGUGCCUGCAACCAUCUUACAAAUUUUGCCAUUCUGAUGAAUCCGUGGACUGAUGUCCAAACGACACAUGCAAUCCAGUUGAUAACAACGAUUGGCUGUUGGAUCUCUAUCGUAGCACUCGUCAUCACUAUUCUAGUUUAUAUCACCUGCUGGAAACACGUGGCAUCUCGCGAUGUAGCAAAAUCUCGCAGUGUUCUGCUUAUAAACCUUUGUUUGUCAUUGGCAUGUGUCUACCUGAUAUUUUUGUUUGGCAUUGAGAGAACUUACGAUAAGGAUGUAUGUACAGCAACAGCUAUACUCUUGUUAUACUUCCUGUUGGUAGCUUUCUUUAGUAUGCUUGCAGAGGGUAUAGAUAUAGCUGUAGCAUUGACAGUUGUAUUUACUUCCGACUUCCCACGUUUGCCAUGGCUGAUUGCAACUUCCUGGCUUGCUCCAGCAAUUAUUGUUGGAAUUUCCCUAGGGGCAACACAACUUGAAGGCUUUGGAAACGAUAAAUUUUGCUGGUUAGAUCGAGCAAGCGGAUUAAUAUGGGCGCUCGUCGCUCCUGUCAUUGCAAUUAUCAUUGCGAACAUCAUAUGCUGUAUAUUUGCACUCAGGGCCUUAAUGUCAGCAGGCUCUAUAUUGAAACAUACUACUAAACCAACUACUGCAGAACGUAUAAGGAAAGGAGCUCGGGCGCUGCUGGUUUUGUCCCCGUUGUUGGGUUUUACAUGGAUCAUCGGUCUAUUUGCCGUCAAUGAGGACACUGUGGUAUUUGAAUACAUAUUCGCUAUACUUGCAACAUUACAGGGAUUUUUCGUCUUCCUUGCCUACUGUCUUUUCAACGACCAGUUACGAAAGGCAUUCGUAGAAUCCAAGUUCCGUACCCAGUAUCUAUCAACAAAGCAAAGUACCUUAUCUCAGAGUAAAACUAUAAAAGGAUCCUUUGAUGACACUAACAAAAACGAAAUAAAAUCCAGUUACGCAAGUAAUUCUCAACCCUACGAAAGUAAUAAGGAGAAAAACAUUAAAAGAAAUGCGGAUUUUAUGAUUAAAAGAAAUUCAGAUUUUAAUUUAAAGAAAGAAUGACAAGAAUAAAGAUGAACAGAAAAUAUAAAUAUUGGUGCUCAAAAGACUCAAACUAAUUUUAAAAUUUAAAAAUUAUUAUUAAACUCGAGAUCAUUUAUACAAAUUAUCAUUAAACUCGAGAUCAUUUAUACAAUUAUUAUUGAUUCAUUAUGAGCCGACAGGCUGGUUAAGUAAGAUAUAUAGAACGCUCAUUUUUUUUUUUUUUUUUUUUUUUUUUUUUUUUUUUGCUAUUAUGUUAACAAGAAUACACAAGGCAGAAACUGUAGAGCGACAGAUAAAAUGUUUGUGGUACGUAAUUAUCUCCCCACCUCCUUUUUGUUUUAGCUUCAAACCCUACUUAUAAUGCAUUCUAGAUGACAAAUGCUUUAACGUUAGAAGUUUCAAUGCUACUGAGAUCGAAUAUACUUUUACUUGUUCCCGGGGCCGAUAAAUAAAGUACCAGUCAAAUAGCAGGUCGAUUAAAAUAAGAGUCGCUUCUCCUAAAAUGUGUGAUCUCGUUCCUGUAUUACAAAUUAUUUUUAAUUACUUUUAUAAAUUUUUUAAACUUAAAUUUGAUAAUGACGUUUUAUUAACAAUCCAAUGUGUAGCUGUAUACUUGUAAAAAUAUGUUUGUUCUUAAUGUAUAUUGUCUAAAUAAGAUGUGUUUGAAUGUUUACCUACUCAAACUUACAUCCAUACACACACACACACACACACACACACACACACACACACACACACACAAACACAUAAAUACGCACUUACAUAUCUGAACAUAUAUAGUUGUAUGCAUGUGUACAUGAAUGUAUACAUGCGUGCAUGCGCUUACAACACAAUGUAUUUCACUGUCCUUGGGCGGCGAGCUUUAGCAGACCGGGCAAAAUGUUUAAUGGUAUUUCGUCUGCCUUUAUGUUCUGAGUUCAAAUUCCACUUUGCCUUUCAUCCUUUCCGAGUCGAUAAAAUAGUGACAGUUGAACACUGGGGUUGAUUUAAUCGACUUAGCCCUUCCUCAUAGCUGCUGGGCUUGUGCCAAAAUUUGAAACCAGUAUGCUACACGAAACAAAAUUUUGGUUGAGCCAAUGAGUAAAUCACUACGUGGUCAGUCACACUGCUAGAAUUAGCCGACAAAUAUCCUUCAAAUCACUCCUUACGCCUUAAAAACGGAAGCAUAUAUUAGAUAAUGUUAGAAAAGAUUUACAAGAUGAGGAACGUCGCAGCCACAGUUCGUGUUCCUGCAAUGAGGAUACAGGCAAUGAAAUGUGCGUAUGUGUGUGUGUAUUUAUGUAUAUGUAUGUGUACACACGCAGAUGCACGCACAAACAUACACAGACAGACACACACAUACAUAUGCAUAUAAUAACGUGUGUGCGUAUAUGUAUUAGUAUGGCAGGAUUUUACGUCACGAGUGUAAAUAUAUAUAUAUAUAUAUAUAUAUAUAUAUAUAUAUAUAUACAUACAUACAUACAUAUAUACAUACACACACGCACACACAUAUGUAUGCAUGCAUGUAUAUAUACGUAUAUGAAUGUGUUUAUGUAUAAGUGUGUGUGUGUGAAUAUAUGCAUUUGCAUAUAUACAUAUAUGUAUAUGUAGGUAUAUUUGUAUGUAUGUACAUAACACAUACAUAUAUGUAUGUAAGCGUAUAUGUACGCACGCACACACACAUUUGUGCAUAUGUGCGUAUAAAAAUGUAUAAUCAUUAUUGGUUUCAAAUGUUGGCACAAGACCAGCGAUUUUGAGGGUAAUCGAUUACAUCGAACCAGUCCGGCGGCAUUUGAACCUUGAACAUAAAGACAGGUGAAAUGCCACUAAGCAUUUUGCCCAGCGUACUAACGAUUCUGACAGCUCACCGCCUUAAAGAUAAUAUGUAAUCGUUAUUAAAAAGUAUUUGACUUUUUAAUAACUAUAGUGUGUGUAUGAAAUUAGACUGCUGCUAUGACAAUACUUUUUUUUUUUUUUCAAUUUUAACAACUAAAGAGUGUGAAAUACAAAACAUUCGAAGAAGAAUCAUUGAAAGUUACCGGUUUCAUUCUUUGUCUUAUAAUACUACAAACCAUUCGAGUGGUAGGGGUAUAUAUAAGGCUGUAAGAUAUGCGCGUGUCUUUAUUUGAUGCGUGUAUUUGCGUGUGUACGUUGUGUUUAGUACAAAUUAUGUUCAGAAACAUUUCCAUAAUCGUUGAGUUAGCAGAAAUGGGAGAUAACCAUAUCCGAUUCUUUACAAUAUCGGGUUUAAAUCAUCUUGUAAGCAAAGUUCACAUCCCACCAAGAUCGUCCUUAACUUCUCAUGUGUUCAGAAAAAAAUAAAAUAAAAUACCAGUGAUAUACUAAGCCUAAUCAUUUUGACUAUACUCAUAAUACUUUUACACAUGCGCAAACAUAUUCGCUAAUAUUUUAUUUCUUUGAGGGAAAAUAAAUAUUUUUAAUAAAAA